AUGAAAGAGUUGGCUGCUUGCCUCACUGGUAUUCAAGGAAUACGUAUUUUGACCCUUAUAGAUUUGUCCAAGAUUCCUCAUGAUGUCCCGCAAAUUCUUAUUGAUGAAAAGGAGUUCAGUAUCAUUGGCCUUGAUCAUAAAAUAUUGGCAUUUUUGAAAACUACAAAUUUAGAGAGAGAUGCUGGACAAUUUGGUAAUCAUGCCUGUCUUUAUUAUGUAAAAUUACAUCAUCAGCUUUUCAUUGUUUUGCAAAUAUUUCUCUGCAAAUUGCAUAAUCUAGCUUUAAUCAUAAUCUCAGCCGGAUCCAACCUCAUUAUUGUGGUUGUCGCUCCUCUUGUUGCCAGAUUUCUCACCGCUCUCAGCACCUCCACCAGAAAAUCCAACAAUCGGCAACCCAUUGCCGGCCCAGCAAUCGACAACCCAUCGCUGCCGUCGUUGAACCCAUCGCCACCACCGUCGAACCCAUCAAUCGACAACCCAUCGCCGCCGCCGUCGAACCCAUCAAUCGACAACCCAUCGCCGCCGCCGUCGAACCCAUCAAUCGACAACCCAUCGUUGCCGCUGUCGAACCCAUCAAUCGACAACCCAUCGUCGCCGCCAUCGCCAGCAAACCCAUAG